AUGUUCAUCAUCGGCGGCGCCUGGACAUGUCUUAUCGGCUUCCUUGUGCUCGGGAUAUGUCGCCAGAAGUAUACUCGGACCGGAAGUCCUUCAGUGUCCAUGAAUAAAUCGAGAGACGGCCUGGAUCUAUUGCCAAAUGGCCACCUCCACGGAAGUCAUGGCAUAGAUGCGAAAGCGGGGGGUGGUUGGGGGCUGGUGACUGCCAUCGGGCUUAUGAGAUUAUGA